GAUCCAUCCGCCCUUCCCCUAAUUCUGACGGCCAAUUCGAGAUCACCUGUGAGGAAGAUGACUCUAUCACCAUCAACAUUUUCGAGUUCAUCAGCGAUAAAUUCCGCAACAUCUCCGGCCACUAUUCCAAAACCUUCAAGAACUUUUGUCUUCUAGUCCCGAAAAUUGGAAAGACAUCAUUAGGCGGACAAUUUCCGCGCAUUUCGAUUCAAAUCACCAUUUUUUCGAAUCACGGUCUCUGCAUUGGCUUCGCAAUACACCACGCUGCCUGCGAUGGAUUUGGAUCGAUGCAAUUCAUCUGGUCGUGGACCGCUGCAUGCCGUUCUACUGAACCUACCCUUGACGACAUCUCCCCUCCAUUCCUCGACAGAUCUGUUAGAUCCUUGACUGCCGCGAAUGGAGGCGAUGAAACAGGCGUUCAGCCUCGCAUGAUG